GACUACUCUGAUCAUGGACCCCCGUACCAGUGCCCAGGACGUGAUGGGAUGCAACCUGUGUGAGACCGCUGUGGUACAGAUGCACUGUGAUACGUGUCUUGUCAACCUGUGUACGGCCUGUGUUGGAAAACACUUUUCUGUUGAUUUCUCAAAACCUCAUAAAAUUGUGGACUUCAAGGACAGGAAAUCCACCCCCUCUACCCUAUAUAAACAUCUGGUUGAUAUAAACAAGACAAUGUCUGACAUCAAGGAUGAAAUUAAUUCACUUGAAAUAGCAAUAGACACUAAUGACUUGUCAGAACUAUUAAGUGUCACACCCAAUGUACAAAUAUACAGAAAUCUUCCACACAAAAUUACACUGUCUUUACCCAAAUUCAUUCCAGGAAAAAUUCAUGAAGAACUUAGUAAAAUAUUUGGAACUGUAUCGUCGAGUUCUUUUACUUCAGAUAAACAUGGCUACAGCAUGAAGACAACACAGAAAUCACCAGAAGCUGGAUCCUCUCCUCCUGUCAAACAGCUGCUUGAUGAACCAGAGACUGUCACCACCAUAGACACUGGCAUCAAUCAGGGAUCACUACUCAAGUCAAUCACAACCAAGUCAGGGAACAGACCAUGGGACAUAGCAGUGACAAUAAGUGGAGAUCUAGUUUAUACUGAUUACAGUAAUAGAACAGUGAACAUUGUGAAGAAUGAGAAGAUAGAGGAGGUGAUCAGAUUACAGAACUGUAGACCUAGCGGUGUCUGUUGUACCUCCUCUGGUGACCUCCUGAUUAUCAUGAACAUGGAUAUAUUACUGAGAACAGGAACUUGGAUAUCUGUGUGUCUAAUGAGGGAUCUAAAGCAGUAG